UCCUGCAAAGUUUAUGUACUCUAUAGUUCUAUCUGGCUGACCACAAGCUGGGUCACCGAAGCAAGCCGCCUUCAUAGGGGUCGACUUCUCAAACGCCAAGUAAUAAAAACUAAGGCAGAACUACUCGGAAUAAAAAUUGAAGAAGGUGAUGCUCUUACUCAUUCAUUCAACGAAAAUUACUUUGGGGUUUUGGUUCAAAAUCCAAGACUGAAUGGUGAUUUAAAAGAUUAUACCUAUAAAUUUACCGAAUUAAAAGCCAAAGGAAUUUAUACGGCAGUGGUGGCAGAUAUUAUGUCAUUAACCCUGGUCAAAUCACCUGGAGAGAUGGGCGCAGACUGCGCGAUAGGAAGCUCUCAGCGAUUUGGAGUGCCUAUUGGCUUUGGUGGUCCUUAUGCGGCUUUCUUUGCUACUACAGAAGAAUUUAAACGCAGUAUCCCUGGCAGAAUCAUAGGCGUAUCUAAAGACCGUAGAGGUAAAAACGCACUUAGAAUGGCUCUACAAACUAGAGAGCAGCAUAUUCGAAGAGAAAAAGCUACCUCUAACAUUUGUACCGCACAGGCUUUAUUGUCCAAUAUGGCUGCCAUGUAUGCCAUUUAUCAUGGUCCCGAAAAUCUAAAAGCCAUAGCUAAAAAAAUCCAUUCACAAGCUAGUGCAGUAAAAACUGUAGCCUCAGAAUUAGGAAUUGAGGUGACGAAUCAAUCUGCUAUUUUUGAUACUAUUUCAUUUAGCGUGAAGGAUAGUGCCAAGCUGAAAGCCAUAGCUGAGCGAAAUGAAAUAAAUUUCUAUUUUGAAGGAGAAAUCGUUCGAAUUUCAAUCCAUGAAAAUACUAGCCAAAAGGACCUGCAUAGGAUUAUUCAAGUAUUAGAAGAAUUUACAGGAAAGAAAGCAACUAGUAGUUAUUCAGAAGUGAAUAUAGAUAGUCUAUUCGCUAGAGAAUCUCAAAUACUCACGCACCCUAUCUUCAACACACACCAUACAGAAACUAAAAUGAUGCGCUAUAUCAAGAGUCUAGAGGAUAAGGAUUUGUCUUUGACUAAAUCCAUGAUUCCAUUGGGUAGCUGCACUAUGAAACUCAAUGCUGCUACAGAAUUGAUGCCGCUCAGUUGGGAGUAUUUCAGUUCUAUCCAUCCAUUCCCUAAUUCUGGUGCUCAAGGCGAAUACGCUGGUCUCAUGGUCAUAAGAGAUUAUCAAAAAUCUUUAGGUCAGGGACAUAGAAAUAUUUGUAUCAUACCUAGUUCGGCACAUGGUACGAAUCCAGCGAGCGCCGUUUUAGCAGGUUUGCAUGUAGUCGUCUCCCCUGCUGAUGAAAAUGGAAACAUCAAUUUGGCUGACUUAAAAGCAAAGGCUGAAGAGCAUAAGGACAAUCUUUGUGCACUCAUGGUGACCUACCCUUCUACGCAUGGCAUCUUCGAAGAAAGCAUCAUGGAAGUAUGUAAAAUCAUACACGACAACGGCGGACAAGUAUAUAUGGAUGGAGCGAAUAUGAAUGCCCAAGUAGGCAUCACUAGUCCGGGAUUUAUCGGAGCAGAUGUUUGUCAUUUAAACUUGCAUAAAACAUUUGCCAUCCCUCAUGGUGGUGGUGGCCCAGGAGUAGGUCCAAUUUGCGUAGCUAGUCAUUUAGCACCAUUUUUACCUACACACCCCGUAGUAAAAACUGGAGGUGAACAAGCCUCUCAAACGAUAUCAGCAGCUCCGUAUGGCUCUGCAAGUAUUUGUUUGAUUUCGUAUGCCUAUAUCAAAAUGCUAGGCUCAGAAGGAUUGAGACAAGCGACAGAAUAUGCCAUUCUCAAUGCUAACUAUAUUAAAACCAAGCUGGAGAAGCAUUAUGAAAUACUCUAUACAGGUGAUCAUGGUAGAGUUGCCCAUGAAUUGAUUGUAGACUUUAGACCAUUUAAACAUACGCUAAAUGUAGAGGUAGAAGAUGUGGCUAAAAGGCUAAUGGACUACGGACUACAUGCACCUACCGUUUCUUUCCCAGUAGCGGGUACACUUAUGAUAGAGCCUACAGAGAGUGAAGAUAAGAAAGAGUUGGACAGAUUAAUAGAUGCCUUGAUAGCAAUUCGUGGUGAAAUAGCAGAUAUUGAAAAUGGAGUUUAUCCAAAGGACAAUAACCCAUUGAAAAAUGCACCCCAUACAGCUGAAGAAGCACUUUGUGACGAAUGGAAAUUCCCGUAUACUAGAGAGAAAGCACUUUAUCCUGUAGAAGGAAUGAAGAAUGGAAAAUUCUGGGUAAGUGUAAGUAAAGUAGAUAGCAGCUAUGGUGAUCGAAACCUAAUCCUCAUGCGUACCGACCUCAGCUACUCUUCCAUCGUGCAGCACGAGCACUUUGUGGAAAUUGAGUUGAUUAAAAAU